AGCACAAUUUUUCAUUAUUCCUAUAUAAAUAACAUAGACUUCAGAUACUGGAUAUAAGGAAUGGAUCCCGCGAACACACGAAGACCGCCACUAGGAGGCGCGCAAUACUCCAACGCAUCGUAUGAUGAACAGGAUUAUGCAUACGAAUAUGAUAAUGACUCAUCGGCAAUAACACGACCAUUCUUCGGCAAACACGCCGGAUUCGCACAGAUGCCAUACAGCCACGAUCGCAAUGGCGAAACACCAAUGACCGACCCAGGAAGUACCACGAGCUUCGCAGCCAAUAUCAGUAGUGGAUUGGCAAACAAAUGGAAUAUGUUCCGCAGCAGUAUAUACAAAUCACUACCACCGGAGACUCCAUCGGUCAUCACUGGACCGUCGCCAAUGGCACAAAAUAUGAGUAAAUCCGCAUGGUCGUUUAACGUACCGUCAGUUAUGUCAUACUUCAUGACGUCUGUAUACAACUCAUGUGUUACAUUACUGUCAGCGGGAAUGUGGCUGCUGCUACAGGUACUGGGAAUAGCUGCAGGAGUUGUACUUACAGGACUCAUAUUAACGGCACUAGGUAGCUUCCUUGUGCCAAAAGAUAAUGAUUUCGGUAAUGUAACGCCGAAGAAUAAACCGGCUACCAGAGAUGACCGGACGCAACAGACGGCACCACCACCUGAAAGACCACCUGUUAUGCUAGAACGAGUGUACUUCAAGGAUAUAAUGGGCAUAGACGAGGCGAAAGAAGAGUUAAUGGAAGUAGUGAAGUUCAUUAAACAGCCUAAACUAUACCACGAUAUUGGAGCUAAGAUACCAAAAGGCGUUUUGUUAGUGGGACCACCAGGAACUGGGAAGACAAUGCUAGCCAAGGCAGUAGCCACCGAAGCUAACAUACCCUUUAUAUAUACCAGUGGACCGGAGUUUGUGGAAAUAUUCGUGGGUCAGGGUGCGCAACGAGUACGUAAUUUAUUUGCAAAAGCAAGGAAGCAAGCACCAUGUAUAGUUUUUAUAGAUGAAAUUGAUGCCAUAGGAGCCAAGAGAGCGUCAGGAUCACUAGGUGGACAAAAUCGCGAACAUGACCAAACCUUAAACCAGCUGCUAGUAGAAAUGGAUGGAUUCAAUCUGUCCACAGGAAUCACCGUGCUGGCAGCAACAAACAGAAUGGAGGCACUUGAUAGAGCACUACUAAGACCAGGUAGAUUCGAUCGGGUAGUGCAUAUACCACUGCCUUCACUAGACGGCCGUGAAGCUAUACUCAAGAGAUACCUAUCGGGAAUAAAAUAUGACAAGGAUAACGUAGAUGUCAGGGCAUUGGCCAAGCUGACACCAGGGUACUCCGGUGCAGAUUUGAAAAACCUAGUCAAUGAAGCUGCACUUAACUGUGUACGUAGCGGGAGAACACAAGUAAGCACAACUGAUCUACAGGAAGCAAGAGAUAAAGUAGGUAUGGGAUCAAUACGACGAACGACGCAACCUGAAUUGCAAAGGAAGAUGACGGCAUACCACGAAGCGGGCCAUGCACUGGUAGCAUUCCACCUGUACCCAGAUGCUGACCCUGUACAUAAAGCGACCAUCAUACAUAGAGGGUCCGCAUUGGGAUUCGUAGAACAACUGCCUGAAGAUGAUAGGCAAAGCUAUAAACUAGCACAAAUGAAAGCAAGAUUGGCUAUAUGCAUGGGAGGACGUAUCGCAGAAGAACUUGUAUUCGGAAAGGAAAAUGUAACAUCAGGAGCAUCCAGUGAUAUUGUAGCAGCAUCGGAAUUGGCAUACAGAAUGGUCACAGAAUGGGGAAUGAGCCCAAAAUUAGGACCUGUCAAUCUAAGACGAAUCGGUGGUAUACAAACACCACAUGGAACACGUAAACUGUCACAUGAUACUGCACAGACUGUGGAGCAAGAAGUUGAAAGAUUAGUUAGCGAAGCACACUUCCGUGCAGCAUCCAUACUACGGAGACAUCGAAACCAGCUAGAACGAAUUGCUGAACGACUACUGGAAGAGGAAACUUUAACCGGUGAACAGAUUCGACAGAUAAUCGCCGAAACUCGAUAAUACCGAGGAUUAACUAAUCGCAACCUAACGUAGUAAUGUA